GAGACUCCAGCAGCUCAUCUGUGUCGGCUCUAUGCUGAAAGAGAGAUCAGUGUCAGGGAGUUUGUGUUAGCCGACAAGUUCAUUCAGAGCAGAGUUGCGAGUGUUUUAAAUCUUUCUUUUCAGCCGUAUUUUAGCCAUUUAGUCGUGUAAGGACUCUAACUCUUCAUGUUCUGCACAAGUAGAGGCAUUGAGAGAGUUUUUCUGGGGGUGUAACGCUAGCCGUCCAGCUAGCUAGCUAGCUUAGCAAAACUUUGUUGUAAAAAAUGCCACAUCUACACUUCAGCGCGUGUCCUGUCCUGUUGCUAUGUCUCUGUACGCCUGUGGCUGCUGGUGCUGGGGAAAGUCUGCUCCUGGAAGGCUGGCAGGAUGUGUGGGUUUUUCGAUUUUUCCUUAACAUCCUGGGCUACAGCUCCAUCAUCAUCCCAGGAUAUCUACUGAUUCGCUACUUCAAGCGGAUUAACUACAUAGAGACAGGCCGAGGGAUUUGUUUUCCCGUUAUAAAAGCAUGCGUGUUUGGCGGUGACUCUAAAUCAGGGCUGUUGGAUGAUGUAUCCGAGACACCCAGAACUGAGUCCACUUCAACGUCACAGCAAGCUGUCAAACUUAUUUUCUGUGCAGCUGGACUCCAGGGCUCAUAUUUGACCUGGGGUGUGCUGCAGGAGCGAGUGAUGACGCGUUCCUACGGUGCCACUGAAGAUGGGCAAAACGGCGAGCGAUUCACGGACUCCCAGUUCCUGGUGUUCAUGAACCGCAUACUGGCUCUUACAGUGGCCGGCCUCUGCUGCGUCGUGUUUAAACAGCCCAGACACACAGCACCUAUGUACAAGUACUCGUUUGCAUCUUUGUCCAACAUCCUCAGCAGCUGGUGUCAAUAUGAAGCCCUUAAAUACAUCAGCUUCCCUACACAGGUGUUGGCUAAAGCCUCUAAAGUCAUCCCUGUCAUGUUGAUGGGCAAACUGGUGUCACACAAGACCUAUGAAUACUGGGAGUAUUUUACAGCUGUGCUGAUCUCAGUCGGUGUGAGUAUGUUCCUUUUGUCGAGCUCCAGCAGUACCAAACACGCAACCAUUACAACUUUCUCCGGCGUCAUCAUUCUGGCCGGAUACAUUGUGUUCGAUAGCUUCACCUCUAACUGGCAGGACGAGCUUUUCCGUCACAAGAUGUCCUCGGUGCAGAUGAUGUUCGGGGUGAACCUGUUCUCCUGCCUCCUGACCGUGGGCUCUCUGUUGGAGACGGGUGCUCUGUUCGAAUCGCUGGGGUUUAUGAGCCGCCACGCCGAGUUCGCAGCUCAUGCCGCCUUGCUGUCGCUCUGCUCUGCAUUUGGCCAGCUCUUCAUCUUCUAUACCAUUUCACAAUUCGGUGCUGCUGUCUUCACCAUCAUCAUGACGCUGCGCCAGGCCAUCGCCAUCCUGCUCUCCUGCCUCCUUUACGGCCAUGCCAUCUCGGCAACAGGAAUCUUUGGGGUAGCUGUAGUGUUCUUUGCACUGUUUCUCCGUGUCUACGCGCGCAGUAGAGUGAAAAAGAGCAGCAAGAGAGCUCAGGCACCGUUACAGAAGGUCUAGAUGAAGGACAGUGAUAACCACGUUAUUUGUGGUUUUGGUUCCUCUUUUUGUUUUUUUGUUUUUUUCUUCCCUCCUGUGUGUGUGUGUAUGUGUGUGUGCCCUUCUGGGUGUGUUUCACAAAGCUUUGUUUCUACUUUGUAUAUAAAAAGGUACUGAAAAGGGUGGCCCUUUUUUUGGUGUGUGUGUGUGUUCCAAGAAAGUGAUUUCAACAGUACUGACUAAAAAAAAGAGGGGUUGUUACAUACUUUGUGUCGAGUGUUUGUUGUGGGCCCUGUUUUUGCUGAGCCAAAUUUCAGCCUCAGCUCGCGUGUUGAGGUUGGAUCUGUUCCAUUGGAUGCGUGUACGAUUUCUCUGUCUGUUUUUAUGUUUCUGAAUAAGUGUAAAGUUUCUUAUUUAUGGUUAGGAUUGUAGUUACAGCCAUACAGACCACAGAACUGCCCGACUCGAGAAGUAUUUUUAACCCCAUCAGAUUAUUAUUUUUAAAAAUACAAGAGUUACUUGUUUAACAUGACUCAUUAUUGUGUGUGGUGAACAAUUCCAAGUUUUAGCCUGUGAUGAGUUUGAGAUGAUUUUCCUUUUCAUUGAGGUUUAAUUAAAACUUGUAUUUUAAAAAAAAACAUCUGAAUAUGUGACACCCAGCAUUUCCAGACAAACAAUUCAACAACGAAUUGAUCGACUUUCAGUUUUUGUGCUCACAAAAGUUAUUCCCUUAAUAUGAUCGUCAUUACAGUAGACACAUGAAGUAAAAGGACUAAAUUAAACCUUGUCACCCUCCUCCUGCCUUUAGAUCUUGUCUAAAUAUAUUUCAGUCCACCUGUGCUUUUUAUUGAAGGUCUGUUUGUUAGUAUUUUCUACCCUUGAUUCAGAUGUUUGGGGUAAAUGCUGACUUUUCCAGCAUCAGACCACGAGUGCCUACUGAAGUUUUUUUUCUGUAAUUAAAAUAUUUUUUUGAGGAUAGGGCCAGGUGAUUUCCAUAAUCAUAGUAUUCUUUUGAGCAAGAGUUAAUGUAAGUUUGAUUCAGAUGUCAUGACUUACUUGAGUCUUGUUCACUGGAGGUAAGAUCUCUCCCAAUAAGGAGCACUGUACAAGGAGAUAUCAGAAGAUAUCAGAAGAUUUUUAGCCAGAGUAAGAUGCUGCUGUGGUUCAGCUAACAUUAAUACACUGCUCACUUUGGACAAGUGCGGAUAAUCAUGGUAAUUUUAAAUGCGUAAAUUAGGUGAGGGAUUUAACUCUGAUCAAGUUUCUAAGAUGCGCUGCUGUUCAUUUUUAUUUCUCACAGACGAGAAAGUACCACUGGCUGAUUAAAGGACAUUUCUGAUAAGGUCUCAGACACAGAGAACAAAAAAAAUCUAUAUUUCUUUAUUAAUACACAUUCUCAAUGUCAAAACAAUGCCAAGUAACCAGACAUUUAAGACCAAAGCGAAGACAAUUGAUAUUAAGUACUAUUGUAAUUAUUCUUAUUAGGCAUUUGAUAAAAUCCUAGCCUGGUUAUUGAUAUAUGAAAACUAAAUAUCAGCACAUGGGUAAUUUAACUUGUUGAAAGUUAUCUUUUGUCACGCGAGUCAUGUUUUAACUUUCUUUAAAAAAAAAAAAAAACAUUUUGGUUCAUUGCUUGUUAAACGGUCAUAUUAUUAAUUAAAACAGCCAGUCAUUCUUUUUGACGUGGCUCUAUGUACGUUUGUCUUGAUCUAUUGUAGGAAUGUUUUCCAAAGGAAGUACUGCUGUUCUUGUUUGUUCAGAUUGUGUAAUGUACUCGGGUUUAAUGAUGUUGGCUCAACCAGACAUGUUAGAAAAAACACAUUUAAUUCGCCUUUCAGUUCAGAUUAAGUUAACAAUUUGUCUUUCAAAUUUAAGAAGAAUUAAUGAAGAGGAACCAAAGAAGCUAAUAGUCUCAUUUCCGUGUAGAACUUUAGGCUUGUUACAGAUUGAAAAUUCAUAGAAAAACUUGCAGUUUCAGCUACACCCACUCAGUUCUGUGGAGCUGAUCACCUGGUCUAGUUCCUUUAAAAUGCUAGACAAGAUUGCUAAAUUAAGUGCAACUGUAUAUUUUUUGUUUGUUUUGUUUUUUUACAUUUUUUUAUGUAUAUGAUAGCUAACUUUAACAUGGGGUGGGCACAGUGGCUCAGUGCUAAGCAAUAUCACCUGGCACCUUCAGGGGUUUGUAUUUUGCCUUUGGUCUGUGAGUGUGAAGUUUGCAUAUUCCCCCUGUUCUUUGUGGGUUUCCUCAUGGAACUCCACAGUCUAAAGACAUUCGUUGUAGCUCGAUUAAUGUUAACAAAUUUCCCAUAGUGUACAGUGCUUUGAAAUGUUACACAAAAAUAACCAGAGUAAAUACAAACCCAUCUGGCC